CAGAAUGGACGACAAUCAUGGCUUAAGUGCUUGUGACUGAUGUCGUGAAAACUUCCUUGUGCACAAGUGUGCGAGAGAGACUGAAGGAAACAUUUGGGAAUGUGGGUCAGUCUAACUCAUUGAUGUCACAUGAAACUCAACAGUCGUAUUCCUCUACAAGCAACUCUUACACUCAAGACAAACGACAGGAUACAACAGGGGAUUUUUAUAGCGUAAAACUUUCUGUGUGUGGAUUUUUAAGCAUCUGAGAUCCUUCUGAUGAAGUGAGUGGAACUAUUUAACUAUUCUAAUUGGAUAUAUGUUGACAUUAUGGGUUCAUUUUGUACAACUUCGAUAUUGGUUGCACUACUUUCAAUGACGGCAGUUUCAAAAGGAAGAGAAGAACAUAAACCUCAACAAAAAAGCUUCAGUGUAGACACUGAGCCUCGGACAAUGAUGUUCAACAUCCCAAACAUUGAACAAAAUAGAAAACACGAGAUCGCGUUGAAUGAUGCUUUUCUAGAGGAGUCUUUAAACUUAAUCAAGAGUCUUGAGUUUUAUGCUAAUGCUGAUGAUACUGGUUUGGUUGAAUCCACGUCUGAUUCAACUAAUUUUGUACAUCAGGGUCCUAAGAUGGAUAUUACUGUGCAUGAUGACACAAAUAAAGCAGAAAGUAUAUUGAAUUCAUUGGAUAAUACCUCUUCUGACGGUCUGGAGGACGCCUCUGGUGCAGAUCCAGUGGUCGUCACACUUCUAGGCCGUGUUCGUGGUCUGACUUUGGAUAAAGCUCAUGUGUUUUAUGGGAUCCCGUAUGCCGACCCUCCUGUGGGAGACAAACGCUGGGCUCCUCCUUCACCACUUUCACCUUGGUCGUACACGUAUAAUGCGACAUUUCCCCGUCCUGCGUGUAUGCAGAUGUGUACUGGUGAGUUCUCUCGGCUGUGUCCUCCUGAGGUUAGUGAGGACUGCCUUUACCUAAAUGUGUUUGUUCCUGUGAGUGCCAACCUGUCCCUGCCAAAAGUAACAGCACUCCCAGUAAUGGUGUGGAUUCACGGCGGUGACUUUAUCGCUGGCUCCGCCUCCAAACCUUUGUAUGAUGGACGCUUCAUCAGUAACUACAGCAACACAGUUGUUGUGAAUAUGGAAUAUCGUCUUGGUGCUUUUGGCUUCUUAGUCACAGGCAAAGAUCCUGAGAGCUCUGCAGUGGGGAAUUAUGGGAUUCUAGACCAGCAGGCAGCAUUGCGAUGGGUCCAAGAAAACAUUGCAGCUUUUGGAGGAGACCCAAAUAAGGUUACUCUGUUUGGCGAGAGCGCAGGAGCCCAAUCGGUGAGUCUCCAUCUGAUGAUGCAGGGCAGCGAGACUUUGUUUAGACAUGCAGCCAUACAGAGUUUACCAUUCUCACUGCCACUGAAAACCAGAUGGGAUGCUAUGAAACUGGGCUGGGAUUUUGCUAAACUAACUAACUGCUCAGCAUUUGAUCUGCCAUGCAUGCGCUCUCUCAGCUCACAUGAUGUACUUAACGCCCAGGUCGAAUCAGGUUCUAAGAUCAUCAAUCCCUUCCGUUUCCUGGAGGUUUUUGAGACAUGGGGGCCAUUCAUUGAUGGACAGCUGAUCCUGGAACAGCCAAUCACAGCCUUCCAAAAAGGCCACUGGCAGAGUUAUAAGCCUGUUAUACUAGGUACAACUUCUGAGGAGGGGGUGAUGUUUGUAUACAGAAAUUUCAACAAAUCCGUGUCAAUGCUGGAAUGUGUCCUCUACACUGCUGCCAUUUUUAAGCAACAUGCGCUAAAAAUUCUGCACAAAUAUAUUCCUUUCUUUCGAAAUCAGGACAGACGAGUGAUGCUUUCACAGAUGGUGACAGACUACGUGUUUCUGUGUCCGGCUAGACAGUCUGCACGUUCUGGAGUUCAAGUAGGCGGAGCUGUUUGGAUGUAUGUAUUUGAUCACGCCCCAUCUGAUCCCAAUAUAUGGGCGGAGCUUACAUUCUGCUACAAUCAUACCUGCCACGGGGCGGAGCUUCCCUUUCUUUUUGACUCCGCCCCCAGCACUAACUUCACACUUACACCUCAAGAGCGUCUCCUGGCCAAUCGGAUGGCCUGUUACUGGGGGAUGUUUGCCCACACGGGGGACCCAAAUUCUAGAGGUGAACAAACACAUUUCUGCAGACAGCAGAGGCUGCCUGUUUGGCCAAGGUACACAGAUAUUGGGGGCUGGACCAUCCUAAACCUGACUCUACAGUCUCACCCUCAACAUGGCAACAGGGACCAUUUCUGUGACUUCUGGGACCGACUGGACAUUUAUUGAGGGUAGGAGAUAGAGAUGGGGCAAAUAACACAAUUUAAGGAUCUAUAGCUAACAAUUUUCAUAAACCUUAGCUUUUAUUCUGUAACUUUUUGCUAUUUUUAUUUGGAAUUUUAACAUAUUUAAUCAGUGACGGGGCCAGUAUAUUAACAAACUAUUAUUUUCAAAGUAGGGUUGGGCGAUGUCGACCAAUUUGGCAUCGUACGAUGUCUAAUGUGAAACAUUGCGAUGGACGAUGGCAUCGUCGUCGUAGGCAGCGGUGAAUUAUUUAUGAAUAAUGAAUUAAUUCAUAACGAAUUAAUUAUUUGUAGCCUACCGUUUCAACUACCUGAACCGCAUAGUCUUUGUUUUACCUGUAACCAACUCAUAAAUAAAGAGAAGUUACACACAAAUUGCCACCUGUCAAUCACUUUUUCUGCGGGACUCUGGCAUGAAUAGGCAGAGUGAUCUAUGUCAUUAUAAUGGCGUCCACAAACUU